UCCACCUCCACCUCCACCAUCGUAGUAGCAAAGCUAGCCCACUUUUCCUUGACUUGACCCGCGCGCGCGGCGUCAGCUCCCGCCUCUCCGCCGAGAAGCCGGACGGAGCUCUUUUUUUAAAGGCAGCAGCCCAACCAAACCCUUCUCCUUCGAGAGGUCGCCGAGGAGAGCUGCGCCUGCGAGGGAGGAGGAGGAGCUUCGGAGGGGAAGCCAUGCUGGACCAUCUCGUCGGGCUUGUGAGGGUGCGCGUGCUCAGGGGGGUGAACCUCGCCAUCCGCGACCUCCGAUCUAGCGACCCCUACGUCGUCGUCCGCAUCGGCAAGCAGAGGCUGAGGACGAAGGUGGUCAAGAAGAACACCAACCCGGAAUGGAACGAGGAACUCACCCUCUCGAUUGAAGACCCUGCACAUCCUGUCAGACUGGAAGUGUUUGACAAGGACACAUUCGUCGAUGAUUCGAUGGGUACCGCAGAGCUGGACAUCCGCCCGUUGGUUGAGGUCGUGAAGAUGAAGCUCCAGGAUGUUGCCGAUGGAACUGUGGUAAAGAAACUGGUGCCCAACAGACAGAACUGCCUGGCCGAGGAGAGCUCCAUUUACAUCUCCGAGGGGAAGGUGAAGCAGGACCUGGUUAUCAGGCUGAAGAACGUGGAGUGCGGGGAGAUAGAGCUCCAGCUUCAGUGGGUCGACCUCCCUGGUUCCAAGGGUGUAUGAGCUCCGCUCUGCCCUGCUGAUCUCAGGGGUUCUCGAGUGAAAGUAAAGUUCAUGUGACGAAUGUAAAUGUAAUCUAAGGAUGGUUAUGGUACAGCAAGUGCUGAACUGCUGAUUAGGAUUUUUUAUGUUCUUUUAUGAUUGUAUAUAAGGGGUUGUUUGGAUCUGUGUUUUGUGAAAACCAGAUUUCAUAAAACCGUGUUUAGCCUAACAACCUUUAAAACAAUGUUUGGAUACUCCAAACUAACUUGGGCUGUGUUUA